ACAAAUGUGUCCCUAUGAAGCACGGACUACCUAGAGCCCACGGAGCAGAAAGAAGCUUUCCUACACUGAAACACCGCUUAAUCCUCAGGUCCUGUCUCAACAGCGACCCUGAAGCUGCUGCUAUACCGACACAGGGCACCAAUCCCGCAACUACAGGUCCGCCCGCAUCCACAAUCUCCUCACGCACAAUUUGAAUGCCGACUACCACUCGGGUUCACAUUCUGUAGUGGAAUGAUCGCAAGCUCCAUCCAUGUCUGAGAGUGGUCUGGAGAUCGAAUCAAGGCACGAAAAAAAACCUCUGCUCUGCUUCAUGGAACCCCAAAUCUCUCGUGGAACCCCAAACAUAACCUGAUAAUAAUUCCAAUAUCUAUAUAUCAUCCGAAAUGAUAAUUCUCGAAUUGCCCCCAACGUCUUCUUUCUUUCUGCUCUUAAUUCCAACAGUUUAUUCCUUGUAAAUUCCGUACAAAAAAACUUGACGGUUUAGAACCUUAAAACUUGCACUCCCCAAAAUGGCAGACAAAAACAACUUCAAGACGCUAAUCUCCACGCUAACUAUUGUUCUUCUAGCCUUCUCAUAUGCAGCUAAGUCAGAAUCACAACACUCGCAGUUAAUCCACAGAUUCCAACAAUAUCUGCAAAUAAACACGGCACAGCCCACUCCCAACUACAUGCCAGCAGUAGAUUUUAUACUUUUGCAAGCUAAAUCCAUUGGCCUAGAUGUCCAAGUACUUGAAUAUGUCAAAUCAAAACCAGUCAUUCUCCUCACUUGGCAAGGAAAAGCAAAGUCCCUGCCCUCUAUACUUCUCAACUCCCACACAGAUGUUGUUCCUGCAGAGAAAGAGAAGUGGGUCCAUGAACCCUUCUCAGCUCACAAGGAUUCAAAUGGUGAUAUCUAUGCCAGGGGCUCACAAGACAUGAAGUGUGUGGGGUUGCAAUAUCUUGAGGCCCUCAGAAAUCUAAAAGAUAAAGGCUUUGUUCCUCUUAGGACUAUUCAUGUUUCAUUUGUCCCUGACGAAGAGAUUCUGGGCCGUGAUGGUGCACAAAUGUUUGUGGGUUCCAAGGAUUUUGAUAGUUUGAAUGUUGGAGUUGUUUUGGAUGAAGGGCUUGCCUCUCCUGAUGAGAAUUAUAGAGUCUUCUAUGGGGAGAGGAGCGCUCCCUGGUGGCUGGUCGUAAAGGCAGUGGGAGCACCUGGUCAUGGCUCAAAGUUGUAUGAUAACAGUGCAAUGGAGAACUUGUUGAAGAGUGUGGAGAUUAUAAUGAGGUUUAGAGCUGCCCAGUUUGAUCUUGUCAAGGCAGGAUUGGCUUGUGAGGAGGAGGUGAUUUCUGUCAAUCCGGUUUUCCUGAAAGCAGGGACUCCAACUCCCACGGGAUUUGUCAUGAAUCUUCAACCAUCUGAGGCUGAAGCAGGUUUUGACAUUCGUCUUUCAUUAGGUGCUAAUGCCGAAUCUUUGGAGAAACGAAUUGCAGAAGAAUGGGCACCUGCUUCGCGCAAUAUGACAUUUCAGUUCAAGGAAAAAGAACCUAUCAAAAACAAGCUAGGGGUUCCACUUGUGACAGUUGCAAACCAUUCAAACCCAUGGUGGACAUUGCUGGAGGCUGCCAUCUUGAAAGUUGGAGGGAAGCUUCAUAAGCCUGAGAUUUUCCCAGCUGCAACAGAUGCCCGCUUUGUGAGAAGGCGUGGAAUUGCUGCAUUUGGGUUCUCACCUAUGGCAAAUACUCCCAUCUUGCUCCACGACCAUAAUGAGUUCUUAAAUGAAGCUGAAUAUUUGAAAGGAGUUGGAGUAUAUGAAGCAAUUAUUGAAUCGUAUGCAUCAUACAUGGAAGCUGUUGAGGACAGAGACACUUUAUCAGAGCUUUAAUGAUGCUUUGCAUUUAUGGAAAUCGCCUGUAAUUGGUGGGACCUAGCCAUGAGGAGACACAAGAGGGUUCAUUGCAAAUGUGUACUGAAGAUAUCAAUGUAGUCAUCUACUAAUAAAUAACCAUAGGUUGCCAAUUGAGAUGCAAAGGAUUUCCUCUUUGUAUAUUUCCUAGGACAUUAUAAUUUUAGUAGUUUAGACACUCUCAAGUUUGAAACAUAAUCAUAAGACUUGAUUCAAACCAUUUGAGACAUUCUGAUCGAGUCUCUAUGCCAAGUGAGCCAAGUUGAAUUGUUGAUUCAGACUUGUGGCAGACAUGUCAGCACUCAGGAAGCCUGCCAAGAUUUACCUGGACUUGAAAACCCUCUAGCAGACUUACCAUGUUUGACUUUAUAAAAUCAUGACUUGUUAUCAAAAUCUGGUUAUAGGAAUUGUUGAAACUAAGUAGCUUCGGUAAGAUAAAUGAUUGAAUGAGAGACUUCAUUUAUCUCUCAUUCAAUCAUCUACCUUAUCGAUGUAACUACAAGCUAAUGGUAGACUUCAUGAUUGAGUGAAUAAACUUGUUAUAAUCAUCUUUA